UGCUGUCCCGGAGUCAGCGGUAGGUUGUACUCCGCGCAUUGUUCUCUCUACGGCUUGAUCCACAAACGUGUCCGGGUGCUCUGGGUCGAUGACGGGAGGUCGCUUUUAACUUAUGAUGAAACAAAUUGAUCGUUCCAGCGAGAAGCUGUCAGACAACAAGGAGGGAUAGGAACAGAAGUAUUCAUUCAGCAAGCACGAGGUUAUUUCGAGGUUGAACCAGCGAGGAUUGUAAAGAAAGAAAAGGGGACGCACAGGAGCGUACAUCCGGACAUACAUACCGACAGCCUGGAGAAGCGUAUCUGUUUUUCAGCGGAAGCUCAAUGGAAGACAACAAGACACAUGGAUACAGCCGCUGUGUGCAGGAAUGGGCUGUUGAUUUAUGGUAGCACGUCGGAGAGUGCACAAACAGGCUUGUUUUACCUCGAUCAAACUUCGACAGGACCAGACUUGGGACGAUUAGUGCUCAGCAAGGUGCGAAAAAUGAACUGAAUUACUGCCCCUUCUAGCUGCGCGCCUGCUGGUGACAGCUGGUUUAUUAUGGGGAAUUGACUGUAGCGUUCACUGGAUUUUAACAGGAUUUAGAAGGCUAUGUUAAUCACUGCAUCUGGAUGAAGGUCAUAACCCAUUAAUGAAGCGGAUAUGUUGUGAAACCACAGAUGGAUCCUCUUUGUAAUGGAAUCAAGAACACUGAAGGGAGUGAUCUAGCAGUAGACCCUCAGCCCCCUCCAGCUAAGCUGGCUCGACUGGAGCAACAUGAAAUGGGACCCUCAACCCCAGAGAGAAGUAGGCAGGGGAGUCCAGUGGCCAAAAGCCCCUGCCUGGCACAGAAACCGAACACAGGAAGGCUACAAGGCAAGAGCUGGCACAUUAAAGGAAGCCUGCUGCCAGUGUUCUGUGUGGUAGAACACAGGGAAAGUUCCUUGGAAGUGGAGAAAAGAGAGGAACAUGCUGAGUUUGUGUUGGUCAAGCGAGAUUUGCUCUUUAAUCAGUUGAUAGAGAUGGCCCUACUGACGCUGGGAUAUUCCCACAGCUCUGCAGCACAGGCUAAAGGUCUGAUCCAGGUAGGCAGGUGGAACCCAGUACCUCUGUCCUGUGUAACUGAUGCUCCAGAUGCUACAGUGGCUGACAUGUUGCAGGAUGUUCACCAUGUUGUCACCCUUAAAAUACAGCUGCACAGUUGUCCCAAAAUGGAGGAUCUACCAGCAGAGCAGUGGAGUCACUCCACAGUAAGAAAUGCUCUGAAGGAGCUUCUCAAGGACAUGAACCAGAGCUCCCUGGCCAAGGAGUGUCCCCUAUCCCAGAGCAUGAUAUCAUCUAUUGUAAACAGCACUUACUAUGCAAAUGUCUCAGCUGCCAAGUGUCAUGAGUUUGGUCGAUGGUACAAGCACUUCAAGAAGUCCAAAUGCUUCAAAGAGAUUGACAGCUUUUCUGAGCAGUCAACUCACAUUACCCUCACACAGCAGCCAGUCACCGGUAGCCCAAAUGAUCAGACCUCAUCCCUCCUUUUCCCUCAUCCAGCUGUAUCCAACAUCUGUGGUCACUCAGCUCUUGGUCUGCACCCCCCUGGGUUGGUUACCCAGCCUCUCAGUUCCCAAAUGGUCAACCAGCAGCUGGUGAUGGCCCAGUUUCUCAACCAACAAUAUGCUGUUAGCCGCAUGCUGGCUGGUCAGAGCCUCUCCUCUCCGCCACAGCAGUUUCUCAACCACCCCCCUGUGGGAAGGGCUUCUGCCAAAGUCUUCUCAAAAGCUCCUGAAUCUCAAGCUUCACAGCAGCCACAGUGUGGCCCAGGGGGAGGUUCUGCAACCGGGAUGCAGAGUCAGACUGUGGCUGGGUCUUCUGUGGGACAAACAGACGUGCCAAUUGACAUUUACCAGUGUGUGAGAGAGGAGCUAAAGCGAGCCGGCAUCUCCCAAGCCAUCUUUGCCCGUGUCGCCUUUAACAGGACCCAGGGCCUGCUCUCAGAGAUCUUGCGAAAAGAGGAAGAUCCUAAACAUGCUUCCCAGUCUCUGCUGGUCAACCUGCGGGCCAUGCACAGCUUCCUGCAGUUCCCUGAGGCUGAGAGGGAGCGCAUUUACCAAGAGGAGAAAGAGAGGAGUGUAACUGGAUUCACACCCAGCUGCAACAACACACCACCAAGAUCCACACAGGCGAGACUGUCUCCAAUUGCAGCUGACAGAGGAAUGAGGACAGACAGCUGUGUUCUUAAUGUCAGUGACUCUAUCUAUGAAGAGAUUCAGCAUGAGAUGAAGCGAGCUAAGGUGUCUCAGGCUCUGUUUGCAAAGGUUGCUGCUUCCAAGAGUCAGGGCUGGCUGUGUGAACUUCUACGUUGGAAGGAGGAUCCUUGCCCAGAGAACCGCACCCUGUGGGAGAACCUGAGUAUGAUCCGUCGAUUCCUCAGCUUGUCGCAGACUGAAAGAGAUGCCAUCUAUGAGCAGGAGAGCAGCAACCUGACUGCACAGCAGCACUGCACUGACAGAAUAGCACUGCUCAGCAGUGACAACACACUGUACCGCUGCAACUCCCCAAUGCCCCAGCAACAUCAUCUCCAACCCCACCAACCCUUGCAGCCGGAGGCAGGACCUGACCUGUCUCCACGGCAACCGUGUGCUGCAUCACCAGCCGAGUCUGAGGCUGGGGCCACCUGGGGGCACUUGAAAUUACAUUUGCAGGGCAGAGGCAGUUUCAGUGGUGAAAGAGGGGAGAGUAAGGACUGGGUUGAGGGAGGAAGAGGAGAUAGGGAUUGUCUGGGUGUGGAAUGGGGUGGAAUUGAAAGAGUAGGAGAUAAGGAUAUAGAAAGCAAUGAGCAGGGGAGGGAUAUAAACACACAUAAGGAAGGGACAGAUGAAAGCACUGGAGGUAGUAAAAAUGGAAAUGUUAAGGAAAAACUGUAUGCAAAAUGGCCUAAUGUGAAGAACGAGGACAAUGGUACAGCCAGAGUAUGUUCUUACACAAAUAAUAAGGCUGGAGUUGGAGGUGACAUCCACAGUGAGGGGUUAAAUGUGUCCGGUGAUGCUCUGGGAAUCCUGCAGAGCUUCAUACGGGAUGUGGGCCUGAACCCAGAUGAGGAGGCAAUCCACACCCUUUCUGCCCAGUUAGGCCUGCCCAAGCACACCAUCCGCAGCUUCUUCAACAGCCAAGACCAAGGGCAAAGCCAAAACUACAGCCAGAGACCCAUAAACAGUCACAACAACCAGCGAGGCUGUACAGACCCAAACCUCUCACAAGCAGAUGUAACAACAAAAGAAUUGGAAGAAAAAGAUGAUGAAAUGACAGAAAAAGAAGAAAAGUUACAGGAAAAGCAAAUUAGUAGAAGGGAAACAAGUGAGAUUACUGUUUUGAAAGAAUCACAUGUUGGCACUCAAACCAUUCCUCCUAUGAAGGAAGAGCAGGAGUGUUACAUCUAACCACUAUACAUCUAGAACAUUGCUUGGGCAAGCCAUGUGCUCCAUGUUUUCCAAUACCAGAUGCUCUUCUUCUGUGAUACACUUCAACCUGCAUCCAAAUGCAACUCAACCACGCUUAUAUAUUCUUCCACUAAAGAUUCACACUGUUUUGGUACUGAAGUGGUAAUAAGCAUGUGCCAUUACACACUAUGGAAUAGCUGUGACUGUUUAUAAUGCAUGAUUUACCAGAGACUGAAGUCAUUUUCACACAUGUGCAGAGAAUUAGGUCUGGUAAUUUUCUAGAGUUGUCUGACCACAAAUGCUUUGCACAAUGGAAGGUUUACCACAUGAAAGGAAAUGCUCCAAAGGGUCACAUAAUGCACAACAUGAUGCAAAAGGUUUAUUGUAGAAAAUUGCAGCGUCUUAUUUUGCAGCAUGUUGAAAAUACUCUGGAGCAGCUGCUGUAUUCACACAUGACCUCUUUCUGCCAUCUCCCAACAUUAUAAGUUGCAACCUGAACCUGAGUAAUCUCAACUCAAAUAUUGAAAUUUGUACAUUCUCGUAUGCAGCCCCUCCAGAACAAUCUUAGAGCUGCAGUGCAUGUGUGACAAUGGCUGUAAGAUUUUGUAUUUAUUUAGAAAGCAGUUAUCUGAUUUCCAGGAACCUUAAUGCACUUGAGACAGUUUACUGUGAUAAAAAGUACAGGUAACGUCAAGAAAUGGCUCCUGUGUGUAGAUACAAAUCUCAAGAAAUUGGAACUAUUACAGUGAGUCUCAGAGGUCAUAUCUUUGUUUAAAAAGAUUAAUUAUAGUUGGCUGAGUUUUGAGAAAUGUUCAUACCAGAAAUGCCUUGUAGAAAGUGGCACUGCCAGUCUGUUUUUCUCAUUUUAUUGAUUAAUAUUUCCAUUAUUAUUAUUAUUUGCUUUGUCUAACAGUACUUUUGUGAUGUAGCUCUCAGCUAUCUGAAACUCAUAAAUCUAAUUGUUCAUAUUUGUCUCGUAAUAUGUUAUAGACAUAACAUAGACAUAGACUUAUAAAGCUAAAGAAUAAUCAUAUUUUAAUGAAUGAUAGUUAAACACAAGCAUUUGUGAAAUUUUUACUCCACUGCAGUGUGUUGAGUAGUAUAAGACAUUUUAAAUGUCCCAACUGGAAAUGAGUCAAUGUCUAUAUUAUUUCUCAAGUUUAUUUAUUAUAUUGAGUUUUGAUGUGCUUGUUAAAGAAUAAAUUUGCUCCUUCUGAAGACAUUGUAAUUUGCAUAAAAUAUUUACAAUAAUGCAUGUAUUUGGAAGUCUUAAAAUACAUUGUUCUUGUAAAAGUC